UUUGCACUUAUCAUGUAUUUGAAUUGAACAAGCUAAACUUGUGGUUUUUUGACACCUUAAAAAGAUCUUAAAAUCUGCAGUUGCAUUCAGUGACCUGAUGCUGUUACCUUAGAGUCCUAGGCUUAUUCACGGGAGGAACCUAGUGCUAGGUCAUCUUCAACAGAAUAUUGAUCCCUCUAAAGGAGCAUUUCUUCACCUAAGUUAAAAAAACAUCCAGCAGUAUGAUGCUAGCAUUUUUGGUACCAUCAUAUGGAACAGCUCUGAUCCCAGGAAUUUAAUAUUAAUGCAGUCCAACAGACUAGCUGUGGAUGUUUUCUGUACUGAGAUAGUUAACUAUUACUUAGAAGCUCAGGCACAAGGGAAGGCCUUACAGCCUUACGACUCCUGAGUUUCACUGACUGGAUACAUAUGACAUCAGGAUUGCCUUCAGUCAGAAAUCUUGAAGUACAGCUUUGCUGGGUGGGUCUCUGAAGAAUUUGAAAGAGUUCUGGAGAUAGGGCGUGUUUGCCUUGCCAAAGUAGUGAGCGUAAUACUUCUUCCCUGCUAAUGUGCUUACGUUCUGUUUGACUGCAACAUCAUAAAGCAUGGCACACAUAUUAAAGACACUCAACAGCUGGUUCUGGUGGGAGAAUAUCUGGAUGCCUGUCAAUGUCUCAUGGGCACAUUUUGUAGACCGUGAUGGCCUUGUCUUUCCAAAACCACAUCAAUUAUAUGCCACAAUACCGUAUGCUUUUGUGUUGCUGUUUAUUCGAUUCUUCAGUGAAAGAUGUAUUGCUAUACCUCUAGCAAAAGCCUUAGGUAUAAAGAAUAGAAGACGUGUGAAGCCACAGCCUAAUCCUGUUUUAGAGAGUUAUUUCCGGGAGUGCACAAAACAUCCAUCCCAAUCAGAGAUUCAAGGUCUGGCCAAGAAGUGUAACUGUACAGUCCAUUUGGUGGAAAAGUGGUUCAGGAGACGGCGAAACCUUGAGAUCCCAACGGUGCUUCAGAAAUUCCAGGAGGCUUUCUGGCGAUUUUCAUUUUAUCUUGCAUCAUCCAUUGCUGGACUUAUAUUUCUAUAUGAUAAACCUUGGUUUUAUGACAUAUGGCAGACGUGGGUUGGCUAUCCGUUUCAGACUUUGCUGCCAUCCCAGUAUUGGUACUAUAUGGCUGAGAUGAGUUUUUACUGGUCUCUCUUAUUCACACUCGGGAUCGACAACAAAAGGAAGGAUUUUUUGGCUCACGUCGUUCAUCACUUUGCAGCCAUCGGGUUGAUGAGCAGCUCUUGGUGUGGCAAUUAUGUGCGUAUUGGAACGCUGGUGAUAUUUGUGCACGAUACUGCGGAUUUCUGGCUUGAGGCAGCCAAAAUGUUUCAUUAUGCUCAGUGGGAGAAAACCUGCAAGAUGCUCUUUAUCAUCUUUGCUAUCAUGUUUUUCAUCACAAGAAUCAUCCUGUUCCCCUUCUGGAUUCUUCGUGCCACGUUGUAUCAGCCUACAUACUAUUCCACGACUCCUGUUAUAGCGUAUUUUUUUUUCAAUGGGCAGUUAUUGAUCCUUCAAGGCUUGCAUUUAUAUUGGGGUUACUUAAUUUUCAAGAUUGUGAGAAGAUUCAUUUUCGUAAAGGAGUUGAAAGAUGAGCGGAGCGAUGAAGAGGAGGAAGAAGAUUCAGUUACAGAUAAUGAAGAGGAGCCCACAAAGAAUGGCAACAAGAAUGGCAGUGGGUCGAGCAAACAUCCUCUCCUAAACAGCAGUCACUAGUAGCCCCUUCCUGUCUCACCUCCUGCAGCGGUUUCUGGUCUGUUUUCAACCCAACCUACAGGAUAAAACUUAAGUCAAAAGGCUUAUGAGAGACUGUGAUUGAUUUAUUGUUGGCUACUGGACCUGGAAAAAAGCCCAGUUUAGAGGGGAGGGAAAAAUUGCAUAACAUGAUAAAAUGUGUUAAUGACCCAUUUUCUGAACCAUUUCUCAGUGCUUGCAAAACCUACCUGGAACACGCUGAUCAUUCCUCUUUUACAGUGCUCAACAAGGUCAAAGCUCAAGAAUGUCAGAUCAUUUAGUGUCCCACUGAUUCUAGCAUAGUUUUUCAAUCUAAGCUAUAUUUUACCAAGCAAUUUCAUUCACAGGUGUUUUGUGGUAAGCAGUGUGAACUCCAUUAAGAACUAAAAUUACUGUACGUGGGAAAAAUUUCACAGUGGUCAAAAUAAGCAUUUUAGUCUUUACUUCUUAGUUUAUAUGCUUAUCAAAAAGGCUAUUUUUGUGAGAUAGUUUUCUUUUCUUGGAGGCCAGUGGAAACUAACAUGAAAGAAGUGAGGCUAUUUGCUUAUGAAGAGUUUGCUUCACUGUGUAAGUAUAGAGCCUUUCUUCAAAAUAUACUGUAUGACAUAGAGUUCAGAUACUGUGUUUUGAGAUUUACCAGUCAAGAAAGUGACUUGUAAAAUAGCAAAACUCAGCCCCAGCUCUCAACUGAGCUCUCGGUUCCACAAAUGUCUUUAGCCUCCAUCAUUUUGGCUCUAGGCCUGAUGCUUGAACAGCAGAUGCAGUGGGGACGGAAGGAGGACCUGGCCAAGGUGAAUGAAAAUCAGGUCUUCUCGCAGGUUCUUUUGCACUUCUUAUUUGCUUUAAGCACUGCUGAGUGCCCUCCUGCUCUGGACAUAUCUACAGCUCAGAAGAUUAAGCUGGUCCUUUCCCUUUCUGUGAGGGGUCCCCACAAAAUGAUGCUGGGUGAUUGUCUUCUCAGGAGCAAAUCUGCUAAAUUCUGUUUUGUUGUUCCUGUGUAUUCACUGCAUGUAUAUGGUUACAGGGAGGGAGGAAGGGGGUGGAGCAGGACUAGCGAGAAAUCCCACACCAUCAGUGCUAUCUAUUCAGUCGGUACCUGGAUCUGUAUUUCCAUCUCUACUCUUCUCGGUAAUAGUGAAUCACAUUGGUUAGAGCCUAAUUUGGAUGCGAGUACAUGGCUGAGGCUCAAACCUAGUUUACGCUCUAAUAAGUGGAGGAACAGUGGACACUGUGCCAGCUCCUCUUACCAAAAAUGCCUCUAGCAUUAGCUAGCAAGCUUUGUAGCCUUUUUUUCUUUAUUGCAUUAAAAUCUGUGAGAAGCUGUGUUGCCAAAACAUCCAGGUUUUGAUGUUAGUGCAGAGUGCAGCAGCCUCUUCAGUCCCUGGGGCUUUCCACAGACAGCCUGCUCUUUUUAAACAGGGUGGUUCCCGUCUAAUUUCCAGAUGCAUUUAACUCACAAGGUCCUAAAUGAUUAGUGUCAUUGUUUCAGAGAUGAGAGGUUGUCCAUGCAAUUCUGCAGUUGCUGAGAUCUUCCUAUGUGCCAAAUCCAGUAGCUUGAUAGAGAGCACAGGGGCCACUGCUACAACACCCUCAGUGUAGAGCUUUCGGUUGUGAAAGGCUCUUUUCCCCUUAGGCUGCACAGGCAGCCUGAUGACCUACAGGAAGCACUAUAUGACUGACUUGUUUUCUCAAGAUUUCCUUGGCAAAAGGAGAUAUAAUUCAGUAACUGAAACAUUUGAAAGAAUGGGAAAUGUUGGGGAUCUCAGAUAUGAAGAAAAAGUGUGUUUUCUCUGUGGUUAUAAGAAACUGUAGGAGUACUUUGCUAUAGAGGCUAGCAGUAUGGAAAUUUCUGCAUAUGGUCUACGGUCUGUUGAAUUAGGCUGCAUUUGAUUUUUUAAUUAAAUUAAAUUUUAAGUAAUUUUGGACCAUGCAA